AUGAACACGGCAAAAAUAUUGCAGCAAUAUAUUCUGAUUAAGCCCAAUACAUUGCAUAAUGAUGGGCAGGCACAGGCGUUGCGGUCACUUGAAAAUGCACCGCAUAUAUUUUCGGAGUCUGGCCAAUAUGUUACUAAAAACAUAAUCAGUUGCCAAGCCGAUUCAACAUCAUGCGGCAAAAGAAGCAAGAUUUCCAGCAUGUCGCGCCGAAACGCCAGAGAACGAAGGCGGGUGAAAAUGAUCAACCUAGGCUAUGAAACUCUAAGAGACCAUGUUCCUGCAGGGAUUGAAAACAAGAAACUCAGCAAAGUGGACACUCUACGGUCAGCAGUGGACUAUAUAAAACAGUUGCAGCAUCUUUUAGAAGUGACCAGUGCGGAUGGCAAUAGUAGCAAUAUAGGACAACAAUCUCAAAACGAAACAGUCAAACAGGAAUGUCCAUCACCAGUGUCCAGUGUCUGCUGUAACAGUCAAGUAUCCAGUACGACCACCAGUCCGGAGAGUCUCCACACGAGGAAGAUGGAAACGUCUCCCUCCGGACAAACACUGCAGCUGCAACCGGACAACGGUGCAGUGACGAGGGAGGACAAUGUUUUUAUUGACAUUGCAGAAUGGUUGUGUAGAACUUCAAACGGGUACCAAAACCUAGGAAUUGGAUUUGAAGGCCUGGAAACGUGA